AGUUACGUUUUCUACAGCUGCUGAAGUGCGGUGGGUUUCAUUAAUGGUUCAGGACAGUGUGUAGCCCCCCUUUGCCCGUGCAGCUGAAGCCCCCUCCCCGUGCACAAUGAGUGCGUGUGCCUGCAGCGCUUCAUACCUGCGGAGGUGGCUGCUGAAGUCUCUGUUGUUCUUGGCUGCUGUGCUGCCGACGAGCGGUGACUGCCCCAGCUCCUGCGCCUGUUAUGUCCCCACCGAAGUGCAUUGCACCUUCAGAUACCUGACCGCAGUACCUGACCACAUCCAGCCAGCUGUGGAAAGAAUUAACCUCGGGUACAACAGUUUAACUGUCCUGAGGGAAAAUGAUCUUUCAGGACUUGAGAACUUAGAGCUGUUGAUGCUGCAUAGCAACAUUAUACACAGUAUUGAGGACAGAGCCUUCCAAGACCUCAGGUCCUUACAGGUCCUGAAGAUGUCCUAUAAUAAAGUUAAAAAAAUCAACAAAGAGACGUUGAAGGGUCUCGACAGUCUGCUGAGACUCCACAUGGACCACAACCACAUUGAUUUCAUCAGCCCGGAGGCUUUCUAUGGCCUAACCAACCUACAGUUGGUCCAUCUGGAGGGUAACCACCUCCAGCAGCUUCACCCAGACACUUUCAUCACACUGCGACACAGCCAAGUUUUCAAGGUGUCUUCAGUGAGAAACAUCCACCUGUCAGACAACCUCCUCACAACUCUGCCUGCAGAUGUUUUCUCAGGCUGCAGCCAGUUAGAGAAUGUCUUCCUCCAUGGCAACCCCUGGACAUGUGAUUGCCGAAUGAAGUGGUUCCCAGUGUGGGCACAGAGGAACACAGGUGUGCUGAAAUGCAAGCGAGACAGGAGAUAUCCAAGCGGACAGCUGUGUCCAGUUUGUGAAAAUCCUGCCCCUAACUAUAACAGACCUCUGUCCCUUCUCCCCAAUGAUGCCUUCACCUGUACCAAACCCUGGAUCCAGCCCCAUCUAAAACAGAAGAACAUCAGCCUGGAUGAGGGGGACUUUACUCCAGUAUCCCCCAAGGACUUCAUUGCCCCUUUAGGCUCCAUACAAAUGAACCUGACCGACCAGUUUCACAGUGAUGCCAGUUUAUCCUGCAUAGUUCAGAGGCCUUCUGCUUUUGAGAACCUGACCCAAACCCUGGAAGGGGAGGAGGGGAACAAUGUCACUGUGCUUACCGCUGGCAUAACUACAUAUCUGGUGUGUAAUGUUGAUUAUGAACACAUCCAGCAGCUGUGGCAGAUCCUGGCCACCUACAGUGACUCUCCCAUGAGACUAGAGAGAGGAUUAAUGCUGACCAGGACCCCAGAAAUGGUGUACAGGUACAGUCAGAUGAAAACAAACGAGGGAAAGGAAGGAAUUCACACAAACAUUGAGGCUGAAAUUAAAGCCUCCCCUGCAUGGUUGAUGCAGGGAGAGGUGAGCUUCCAGCUUGACCGCACUACAACCACUUACUCUACUCUGCACAUUAAGUACCAGUCUGUGGCCACCCUACGUGUGGAAAAAACAUCGCCUAAGAGGGACCGCUAUUCCUGGACCUUGAUCAAGAGAGAUAAUCAAACUGAGACUGAGCAUUCUGUACUUACAGGUGGUGUGGCACAACUGAACUGUCAAAUUCAGGGUGAACCAAAGCCCUUGUUGGAGUGGAUUUUACCUGAUGGAAGUAAGGUCAGAGCCCCUUACUCCAGUGAAGACAGGAGGAUCAUAAUCACUGCCGAAGGGAAGCUUACUCUGCGGGGAGCUGACGCCUCAGACACAGGCCUGUACCGAUGCAUUGCCACAAACUACCUGGAUGCAGAUAUCCUCGUGUUUCGAGUGACAGUUCUGUCCCCUGAUGUGGAAGAAACUGAGGUCAAUGGUGUACAGCUGUCAAGGUCACUGGGUGAAAAUCUGGUAUUCGACUGUAGCUCCUCUGGGAGUCCUGAGGCCUCAGUGCAGUGGAUCCUCCCUGAUCACUCGGUACUGGACAAGUCUCAUGGGAACAGAAAGGUGUAUAAGAACGGAACUCUGUUGAUUCAGGGGCUCACAGCGAGGGACCGAGGGUUUUAUAGGUGUUUGGUUGCUAAUCACCUGGGAGUUGACCUCCUUGUGUCUCAAGUCACAGUGACUGGCGAAACGUCUGAAAAGGUGACAGUUUUGGACACGGAGGGAUCAGGGAUGGAAACUGAGGUCAAGAUGGACCCUAGCUUGACAGAAAAGACAGUCGCUCACAAUGAGAUCCCCUCUUCCAGUCCCUCUGUCAAAACUAGCCAGGAAUCUAGGACCAUCACCUCAGAUCGACCUUACCCCAGACUCAGGUCACAGGGCAGAGGAGGCCCUGGAGGUAGAAUGGGACAGAGAAGGAGGGGGCCAGUCGGCAACAGACGCAUCUGGAGUAGUAGGGUCUUUGAUAAGGCAUCCAGGAAAGUGGACCCACAGAAAUUUGCUGAAUUAAUGAAGAAGGCUCAAGAUGGAUCGAAGAUAAAGAGUGACACAGAGAAAGAGAGGGUAAAAUAUGAAGACGCACAACCUGGUCUUUCUGGUGAUGGUGAAAUUGGCUCUGGUGAGGUUCAUAAUGAAGACCAUCUCAUCAUUGUGUCAGGGAUGGUCAAAUCAACUAUAGAUAAUCCACAAGAAAAUGAAAUAUUUAAGCAAGACAGCCAGACUGAAACAACAGCGACACAAAUGGGUCAGGGUCAUCAAGCUGUUGCUAUAGAAACCACAGUUAGUAAUCACAUCGAUUUAAGUAAAAUAACAGAUAAUACAAACACAGCAACAACAGAGUCAUAUAUGCAGUCAGACUCUCCACCAAUCAAGUCCACAUUCACAGACAUUCCAAGUUUUGUUGAGAAGACAGAGUUUUAUGCCCUGGAAAGAACCAGCAAACCACCCUCAAAUAUUCAACCAGUAACUCUCCAACUUACUGUGACAGACACUUCACAAGAAACUCAGCUCCAGUUCUCAGGAGAACAACCUGCAGAGCCAGAGACAUCCACAGGGGCGGCACUUUCAUUUACUACAGACCCUAAUGUUACUCCAAUGAGGGAUGGACCAGGCCCAGUGGAGCUUGUCAUCCAUACAGACCCAGAAAGCCAGACCACAUUCACAGCUGUCACCACCACAGAGAGACAGCAAGAUGAGAUCACCUUCCACACCACCCAAACAAUCAAAUCUCCACGCCUGCCUGCAGGAUCCACCAUUAUCUCCCGGCAGCAGAUCCAUAUCAUUCCACACAAGAACGGGAGAGGAGGAGGACGCAGGAGGACCUUCCAAGGCCGCAGGAGGAUCAUAAAGCCCAACAGGAUCACAGACAUACAGUCCUUCAUUAAUAAACUUAAACAACCCUCAGUGAAGAAAGAAGGGAAUGCCUCAGUGCCAUAUCGAAUUGAACUUACUACAGACUGUGACUGUGAUGAAGACAAAAAGAGGACAACGGCCACUAAUGUGCAGGUGGUCGCACCAACAGCUUCCACCAGUUCAUCUUUACACAGAACAGAUAUACCUGCCACUACACAAAAAAUAGCCGCUUCCUCAACAAACUUGGGCAGGCUAAGGAGGCCAUUAAUCAUUCCUAAAACCUCAACCACAGCACAAACUACAACAGUGACCUUAACCACAACUCCUGCUGCUAUGCCUACCACCCCAGCAAACUCACUGGCUGAACCUGAGACUCUGUCCCCAUCCCGACACACAGAGAACAGAGAGAGCUCAUUAGAUGAUGACUAUGGAGAUUUAUCCUCUGCAGAUUUUGAGUUCACUACACUGGCACCAAGCUUUCAACAUAUAACUACUACCAGUUCUUCCUAUCACUCCAGGCUCUCCACCACUGCUGAAACACCACCAGAAUCACAGACUCUACCCUCUCCACCUACUGUCAGACCACCUUCAAUUAAAAGUCCUGAUGAAGCCUCAUCAUCUGGGUCUGGUGGAUUCCCUGAUAACUGGUUUGUAAUCAGACAGAGACCUGGUGGGACAAGAGGGCGGCAAGGGCGGAGAAGGAGGCCCUUUAGGGGCAGGAGACCAUUCAAGAAACCUGGAAUCAUUAAAGUACAUCCUACUACCCCAACUGAGGCUUCAACUACAGAGGCAACAACUAUGGAUGCUACAACCCCACUACCUCAACGGACUGUUUCACUCUUCAAGCCUCUGAACAUGCCAUCCAGGAAAGAGGACAGAACCACGGUAGCUGUAGUAGAAACAUCAAAGGAGGAGAAUGACCCUUAUGAGGAAUUUGCCUGGAGCACACCUAGCAGUUUGCCAGCAGCCUUUACUACAGCCAAGACACCUUUUAUCACCUCAGCAUAUUACCCUACCACCACUUUGAUGCCAACUACCACAAAAGGGUCUUACGCAACAGUUCAGACUAGAGUUCACAGCAACAUCAGACCCCCAACACAGAGGAACAAUGAUCACAUCACUCGCAGGCCACCAACGAGGAGAAUCAGACCUACUGUUCAAAGCAGUGCUGCCAAAGGCAGUGCAGAUAAAGGCCUUAACUUUGACACAGUGACCAUCCUUACAGCUGAGCACAAAUACAUCAGCACCCCUGUGCCACACAACAACAUAGGCGCACACAAUACCAUCUCUAGUGUUUAUGAUCAUGUCACUGGCAAUGAAGCUACAAGUGUCAGUAUUGCUGGCUUUGAGCCCACCACAAGGGUCAUGACAAGCAAACCUAAGAUAGUUGGGGGCAACGCAGCCAGCUUUACCGUUUUGUCCAACUCAGAUGCUUUCCUGCCAUGUGAGGCUAUUGGAAACCCCCAGCCAGAUAUAACCUGGAAACGCUUCUCCUCAAGCACAGGGAGCACCGUUACCAUUAAAGGGAGGAUUGGAAAGUUUGAGGUGUUGAGCAAUGGCACACUGUUCAUCCAGAAUGCCAACAUUAAGGAUCGUGGCCAGUACCUCUGUCUAGCUGAGAAUGAUCAUGGAUCAGAUAAACUUCUUGUCACCCUCUCUGUGGUGGCCUAUCCUUCACGCAUCCUGGAGCCAAAAAUGCGUGAAAUAAAAUCCCAUGCAGGAAACACUGUUGAGAUUAAAUGUAAAGCAGAGGGUCGACCCACGCCCAUGAUAUCCUGGAUCUUGGCCAACAGGACCCAAGUCAGAGGUCAAAACAAAGAUAAGGGAAGGGUAUCAGUAUCUGCUGAGGGGACACUGACCAUUGAGCAUGUGUCUGUUUAUGACAGAGGUCAUUACAAAUGCAUUGCCAGUAAUCCGGCUGGAGCUGAUACCGCUACAGUCCGGCUGCAGGUGGUGGCAGCUCCACCAGGCAUCAUGGAGGAGAAACGGCAGCAGCUCAAAGCUACUGUAAGUGAAAACUUGUGGCUACCCUGCACUGGCCAAGGCAGCCCUCGGCCUGCUAUUCACUGGGUCCUCCAUGAUGGGACAAUGGUACGAUCUAAUAGACCUGCCAGAGACACAAAGAUAUCAGUGUUCGAGAAUGGGACACUCCACAUUAAGGAUCUGAGUCCAGGAGACAGUGGGAAAUAUGAAUGUAUUGCUACCAGCUCUACUGGCUCAGAGCGAAGGGUGGUGACUCUGACAGUCGAGAUGCAGGAGUCUGUGCCUCAAAUAGUGGAGACAUCCCAGCGCAUUACAGAGCUGUCCUUUGGGGAUCAGUUGAGACUAAACUGUUCAGCGACAGGAGACCCCAAACCUAGGAUCAUCUGGAGGCUGCCUUCUAAAGCUGUGGUGGACCGGUGGCACAGGAUGGGCAGCAGAAUCCAGGUCCUGGAUAAUGGUACUCUUACCAUUAACACUGUGAGUGAUAAGGAUACUGGAGACUAUCUCUGUGUGGCACGAAGCAGGAUUGGCGAUGAUCUCCAGCUCAUGAGGGUCAGUGUGUCAAUGAAGCCAGCCAAAAUAGAGCCUAAGGUCUAUGGCAAGAAGCAGAUACCCUUUGGUAAUGAUUUGAAGGUCGACUGUAAAGCUUCUGGAGCACCAAAGCCAGAGAUCUCCUGGGGUCUACCAGAUGGUACAGUGGUCAACAGCGCUCUGCAGUCUGAUGCCAGCAGUGGAGGAGGACGAGCACGGCGCUACACUCUGUUUGACAAUGGAACUCUUUACGUAAACCAGGUUGGUAUGGCAGAGGAAGGGGACUACACUUGCUAUGCUGAGAACCAGGUGGGCAAGGAUGAGAUGCAUGUACAUAUCACUGUGGUGACAGCUGCCCCCAGGAUACGUCCACCUAGCCAGACCUAUGCCAGGGUGAGGCCCGGAGGGAACAUGCGCUUUGACUGUGAAGCACUGGGGGAACCUAAACCCAAGAUCCUGUGGAUGCUGCCUACCAACGAUGUAAUUGCAGCAUCGAAUGAACGCUACCUAAUGCAUGUCAAUGGUUCUCUGGAUAUAAGGGAUGUGAAGCUUAUUGAUGCUGGAGAAUACGUUUGUAUGGCCCGCAACCCGGCUGGAGAAAAUAGAAAAGACUACAAGCUUGAUAUAGAUGGGAAUCCACCAGUGAUCAAUGGCUACCAUCAGAACAGGACUGUAAUAAAAGAUGUAGCUGCUAAAUACUCCAGGAAAUUAAUAGACUGCAAAGCUGAGGGUGAUCCCACUCCUAGUAUCACUUGGAUUAUGCCUGAUAAUAUCUUCUUGACAGCACCAUACUUUGGCAGCAGGAUUAAUGUCCACCAUAAUGGGACAUUAGAGAUUCGUAAUGUGCGGCCAACUGAUACAGCAGAGUUCAUAUGUGUGGCGCGGAAUGAUGGAGGAGAAGCAGUAAUGGUGGUGCAGCUGGAGGUGACCAGUAUGCUCCGAAGGCCGAUCUUCAAGAACCCUUACAAUGAACGUAUUGUGUCUCGGAUUGGGAAAACCACAGUUCUGAACUGCUCUGCUGAUGGACACCCAAUCCCGGAGAUCAUCUGGACUUUACCUAAUGGAACACGGUUUACUGGUGGACCCGACCGGGGCUCUCGCCACCACCUAGGCAGCGAUGGGACUUUGAUUAUCUACAACCCUCGCAAAGAGGACGCUGGGAAGUACCGCUGUGGUGCCAAGAAUUUCAUGGGCUACAUAGAGAAGCUAAUCAUUGUAGAUUUAGGGCAGAAGCCAUACAUUCUGACAAGGCCUAGAGGCAUCAUACGCAGUGUGUCUGGGGAACCUCUCUUCCUUCACUGCCUAUCUGAUGGAAGUCCCAGACCCAGGAUCUACUGGACCAUUCCUGGUGGCCACACUCUUACUCGGCCUCAAGUGCUUGGACGCUACCAGCUGUUAGAGAAUGGUACUUUGGUUGUUCAAGAUACUGCUCUCCACGAUCGUGGGAACUACAUCUGCAGAGCUCGGAACGAUGCUGGGGAGGCUGUGCUCACUGUCCCUGUUGUUAUCAUCGCUUACGCUCCACGGAUCACAGCAGGGCCACCUCCCAGUGUGAGGGUAGUGACCGGAACACCUAUCCAGCUCAACUGUGCCGCCAUUGGAAUCCCCAAGCCAGAGAUAACAUGGCAACUGCCCGAUCGUUCAGUUCUGUCAACGGCAGAACAGGGCCGGCCUAUGGGUAGUGAGCUGCUCCACCCUCAGGGCACACUUAUCAUCCAGAGGCCCACAGCCUCAGACUCUGGCACAUACAAGUGCCUGGCAAAGAACCACCUAGGUACAGACUCGAAGGUCACAUAUGUACAUGUCCUGUGAGAAAAACAGAAAGUGAGGGAGGACAGUGGUAUAUCUGAAUGUAAACAUUAGCAGACACGCAGCCUUGUGUUGUUAAUGUACAGUACACGCUUUCUCACGUGGAUUUGUGAGGAUCACGGCUUGUGGAAUAUUAGUUUAAAAAGUGACAGACCUGAAUUAAAAAAUAAACAGCACAGGAAGAGAAAGGAAACAGACAUUUUAAAGGGAAAAAAAUGUUUUUUUUAAACUGGAAAACCCAGCCUGGGGCUAAAAAGUUGUUAUUGUAACUUUGGAACUGGGGGCCUGGAAAUUCAUAGGUGGUUCACAUUUGGGGUGGUCCUCAUGGGAGUAAAAGGGCGUGUGCAUAGAGUCAAACUUAAAGUGAUUCUCUGACCAGGCAUUGCUGGCCGCACACAGGGAUACUAUUACAGCAUUGUGUAGCAGAUUGAAUGUGAGAAAAAAAGGCUCCCCAGAGGAUUUUAAUACCCUUUAGACAGUGGCCAAAAGUUGCUGCUGUCAUGACAUGUUGCUUUGUGCUUUAACAGAAAAUAAAAAGGACAACAGGUAUAUAGUAAUAUAUCUUUCAAGGGCAAUUCAUUCAUUUUUCAAAGUGGAAAGAAAUUGGUUUAUUCAAAAAAAUAUAAGUGGCUUGUUUUACACUGGAUACAUAUCUGCACGUACAGUUCAAUGCUUUCAUACCGGAAUGGCAUCAGAUUUCUUUAUUAUUCUUUCAGUUUAAAGCAGAUUCCUUUAUGUCUAUUUGCAGCGCAGGUCAUUGGUGGAAAAAAAAUACAAAAACACACCAUCAACCUAUUGUGUUGUACACAAGAAUUUACAGUAAUGUUAUACAUUAUGCUUAUCUGUAAUAAUACAGUAUAAGUAUAUCUAUUUGUAGUAUCUACUUUAUCAAAGUAUGAGAGAAAAAAAUGAAAUUAAAACGU